GAUCUCAUAAAAAUGCCCCAGAAUAGACACUGUGUCGUGGUAGUUCAGCUGCUGCUUUUGACACAGGCAUUCAAUGUCAGAAGCUUGAGUUUGAGCCAGUGUAUGCUAAUCCUAUACGUGGGAGCAAGAGAUGGUUUCUCAGCUCUUGGAACUCUUUCACCCAUGUGGUAAGCUGGAUUGACUUCUGAGUUUCUGAUUUGACCUUUUCUGUUGUUGAAACUGCAAGGAAUGAACCAAGAUACAGGAAAUGGAUCUCUUUGUAACUCUCUCUCUCUGCCUUAUUUUCAAUUACCUGUACAUAGGAGCAACCCAGUACAAUGAAAUUACCAUUUCCCGAGUGGGCACAGGAAAGAAUGCAAUGCGACUAAAGAAUAUCUUAUUUUCAUCUCUGUCGUGGAGGCAAAGUCCACUCAGGAGAGAGGAUAAAGUGCACUGUUGCUUGACCCGUCAGAGAAGCAUAUUAGCAAGAGUGGUAUAAAGCCUGUGCUUCCCAGCUCACAGUAUCCCAGGAAGAAGAGAAUGGAUCCAGUUGUGGUCCUGGUGUUGGGUCUCUGCUGUUUACUUCUCCUUUCAAUCUGGAAGCAGAAUUCCGGGAGGGGGAAGCUCCCUCCUGGCCCCACUCCUUUCCCCAUCAUUGGAAAUAUUCUCCAGAUAGAUGCUAAGGACAUCAGCAAAUCCUUAACUAAGUUCUCAGAAUGCUAUGGCCCCGUGUUCACUGUGUAUCUGGGCAUGAAGCCCACUGUGGUGCUGCAUGGAUACGAGGCAGUGAAGGAAGCCCUGGUUGAUCUUGGAGAGGAGUUUGCUGGAAGAGGCAGUGUGCCCAUACUUGAAAAAGUUAGUAAGGGACUUGGAAUCGCUUUCAGCAAUGCAAAGACAUGGAAGGAGAUGCGACGCUUCUCGCUCAUGACCCUGCGGAAUUUCGGCAUGGGGAAGAGGAGCAUUGAGGACCGAAUUCAAGAGGAGGCCCGCUGCCUGGUGGAGGAGCUGAGAAAAACCAACGCCUUACCCUGUGAUCCCACCUUUAUCCUGGGCUGUGCUCCCUGCAAUGUGAUCUGCUCCAUUAUUUUUCAUAAUCGCUUUGAUUAUAAAGAUGAAGACUUUCUUAAACUGAUGGAAAGAUUAAAUGAAAAUAUUAGGAUUCUGAGCUCUCCAUGGUUGCAGGUCUACAAUAAUUUCCCUGCUCUCCUUGAUUAUUUCCCGGGAAUUCAUAAGACCUUACUAAAAAAUGCUGAUUAUACAAAAAAUUUUAUUAUGGAGAAAGUGAAAGAACAUCAAAAACUCCUGGAUGUUAACAAUCCUCGGGAUUUUAUUGAUUGUUUCUUGAUCAAAAUGGAGAAGGAAAAUAAUUUGGAGUUCACUCUUGAAAGUUUGGUAAUCGCUGUGUCUGAUUUGUUUGGAGCUGGGACUGAGACUACGAGCACAACGCUGAGAUACUCCCUCCUGCUCCUGAUGAAGCACCCCGAGGUCGCAGCUAGGGUCCAGGAGGAGAUUGAGCGUGUGAUUGGCAGACACCGGAGCCCCUGCAUGCAGGACAGGAGCCGCAUGCCCUACACGGAUGCUGUGAUACAUGAGAUCCAGAGAUUCAUCGACCUCCUUCCCACUAACCUGCCCCAUGCAGUGACCCGAGAUGUUAGAUUCAGAAACUACUUUAUCCCUAAGGGUACGGACAUCAUAACAUCACUGACAUCCGUGCUACAUGAUGAAAAAGCAUUUCCUAACCCAAAGGUAUUUGACCCUGGACACUUUCUGGAUGAGAGUGGCAACUUUAAGAAGAGUGACUACUUCAUGCCUUUCUCAGCAGGAAAACGGAUGUGUGUGGGAGAGGGCCUGGCCCGCAUGGAGCUGUUUUUGUUCCUGACCUCCAUUUUGCAGAACUUUAAACUGCAAUCUCUGGUUGAGCCAAAGGACCUGGACAUCACUGCAGUUGUCAAUGGAUUUGUUUCUGUGCCACCUUCCUACCAGCUCUGCUUCAUUCCUAUUUGAAAGAGAACAAACUCUCUGCCUCUGUGCUGUUGUCUGCAACUCCUUCUCUUCAGAGGCAUUGUCUAUCCCUUCCUCUAUCAGAGACACCCUCCAUGACUUCUCUCACAUCUUACUAUUCCAUCAGAUCCAGUGAACACUCAACCUCCAUUAUAGGAGUUUAGUGGGAUCUUAUCACAGGGAUAUCUGCUGUUUCCUACAUUCUGCAACACCUACACUGAUUUCCACAUUUGCCAAUUCAUAUCAAUGCUGCUUUACCAAGUCUUAUCACUAUAAAACAGAAAUAAAUAUUAAGAUAUGACAAUUUAGACCCAUACUUCAGUCCCUAUGUUCUAAAUAAAAAGAAAAUAAUAAUCCU